AGCUAAGUAUUUUUCAUCCAACAAUCACCACUGCUGCUACUUAACAAGACCUGUUGAUUUUGUAGGCUCAGGACUAUUGUGACAUCAAACUGUUGCCAAAAUCAGUCCAGCGCAACAGGGGUUUGAAGAACAGCAGCACAAAAAUGAUGUCUUAGCUGAAUAGGCAAAGAAGGUAUAUAUUUUCAAGAAAGCCUCUUUAUUCUUGGAAUAGAAAAGUUUCUCUUCAAGAUGACAAGUGGUGCAAACUCUUCAGGAUCUUUUGUGCCCUCAAAAAAAAGCUCUAAAAUAGACAACUACUUAAAGGAACUAAAUGAGGACCUAAAGAUAAGGAAGCAGGAACUUCUAGAGAUGUUAAAACCUCUAGGAGAUAGGAACAACCUCUUAUUCCAGAAGUUAAUGUCUAAUUUGGAGGAAAAGCAAAGAAGUCUGCAGAUCAUGAGGCAGAUCAUGGCAGGGAAAGAGUGUGAUGAGUCCUCAGUCGUGGAGCUCAUUCAUGAAGCAGAGGAGAUGAAACAGAACCUGGAAAGGAAAAACAAGAUGCUUCGGAAGGAAAUGGAGAUGCUAUGGAACAAGACCUUCGAGACAGAAGAACUUCAUGGUCAACAAGAAGCACCACAGAUGAAAACCACAGCAGACUUACAGGAUGGAACGGAAAAGAAACAGAGGAAAAUGGAAUGGGUCAAGUAUCAGGAACAAGCCAACAGCCUUCAGAGUGACUUUCAUGGAAAAGUGAUUGAAUUGAGAAUUGAAGCCCUGAAGAACUUCCAGAAGGCUAGUGACCUGAAAUUAUCACUGUAUUUACAGCAGAAUUUUAAGCCAAAGCAAGUAUUGUUAAAUCUUCCAAGGUCCCAAGGUACUACAGACACCACAACUAUGAGCAAAACAUGUUUUGACAGAAAUAAACCCAAUAUGAAAAUUCUGGAAUCAAAUGCCUGCACAGAAUAAGAAGCUAAAGAAAGUGUGGUGAUCUAGGAGGGAGGCACGUUUUUACGAGGUCACUCUCAGAUGAAACUCAGAAUGAUUAGAAGGAUUUCACUCCAUGUGCUUUGGACAGAUUUAGAGACUAGACAACCAUUUGUGUUACUUAAAAUCUCUCAAACCAUUGUUUUAGUGCUG